AUGGAUCCACCGACCCGGAAACUUAUAAUGUUGCUCGCGUUCUCCCUCGCCAUCAUCUACUCCGCAUCUUCCGCCAGUGCGCAAUCCAAACUUAUGCACAAGGUUUGCAGUAAAACCGACGAUUACCGGAGCUGCGUUGCCGCUCUUCACCUCGACCCACGAGCUGCAAGAGCAGCCACACUUUUUUCUCUCAGCGAGAUCGCCUUGCGAGCAGCGGCGAAGGAUGCUGCCAGGAGUCGGAAGCACGUGGACCGAAUGCUCGCGGACCCAAACACGCAGUCUUCAUGGAAGCCGGUGCUUGAGACAUGUAAGGGUCACCUCGACACUGUGGCCGGGCAGUUCUUAGUAGCGAGCCACGAGCUUACGACGGACACAAUGUCUGCGAAUUAUGAUGUUUGGAUGGCCUCGCACGAGAUCGAGGCCUGCUUGGAGUUCAUGAGAAGCAGGGAGCAGGAUAUUCCACCGUUGAUCACCACAUGCGCUCACGCCAAGACUCAGGUUUCGAUUGGCCUAGUCAUUACCAAUGAGUAUUAA